UCUGCCCCUACGUGUACAUACAGAGGACAUGGGCAGACAACGGCAUCAUACACGUUCCGCGUUCUCAACAAACCUGCAAGGAAUUUAUAUCUCACUGGACAUUAAUUUUUUGCUUCUACUACUUGGAGUCUGGACCUUUUUUAAUUUCACCUUCACAUUGACUACUUUGGAAAGGCGUUUAAUGUAAUGGCGCAGGAAACCACUACGGACCGAACAAUGAGACGGCAAGUACUGUUGCUUCUCUCGGUGCUAUGUCUCAGCUACGUGCUCGCGCAGGUUAGCUAUUCCAUACCCGAGGAAAUGGCAAAAGGCUCUGUCGUUGGUAACAUAGCGCAUGAUUUAGGUUUGGAUCUUAAUAGGCUGAAAUCAGGUAAAGCACGUGUAUAUACGGGAGGAAGCGUUGAAUAUAUCGGGCUGAAUAAAGAAAGAGGGGUCCUUUUCAUCCAAGAGAGGAUAGACAGGGAGGCUUUAUGCGGAGAGACAACACCUUGUGCUCUGCACUUCCAGUUGAUUCUGGAAAAUCCAAUGGAGCUGUUUCGUGUAACAGUGGAAAUCACCGACAUAAACGAUAAUACACCUACUUUUACGAAUGCAGAAAAACGCCUUGAAAUCAGCGAGUCCGCUGUCAUCGGAUCGAAAUUUGUGUUAGAGAAAGCCAUCGAUUCGGACAUCGGAAUGAAUGGUUUACAAAAAUACUCACUUGCGCCCACUGAUAACUUCGUAUUAAAACUCGAAAAUCAGGCAGAUGACAGUAAAAAGGUUGAGAUGGUUCUACAAAAGCCUCUUGAUAGAGAAAAGCAGGCGUUUAUUUCGCUGCUAUUAACUGCAGUGGAUGGAGGAGAGCCGCAAAUGUCAGGGACAUUAAAAAUAUUUGUAAAUGUUUUAGACGUAAAUGACAACGCACCUACAUUCGCAAAACCUCUGUAUAGAGCAAAAAUACUUGAGAAUUCCCCCAAAGGCACCAGCGUUACGACUGUAAGUGCUUCUGAUAAAGACAUCGGCAUUCACAGGGAACUAUCAUAUUUAAUAUCUUCCAGCAAACGUAUUUUAUCUGAACUGUUUAACAUUAAUUCAAAAACAGGGGAAAUCCUUCUUGUUGGUGAAUUAGAUUAUGAAAAGGCAAAAAUGUAUCAAGUCGAUAUUGAAGUUGUGGACAGUGGGGGACUCUCCGAUUCCACAAAGGUAUUAGUUGAUGUAAUUGAUGUAAAUGACAAUACUCCUCAGAUAAAUAUUAUUUCAAAAUCGGAGUCCAUAUUCGAGGAUUCACCUCCAAAUACUGUUUUAGCUAUGUUAAGUGUAAAUGAUCCAGAUUCAGCAAAUAAUGGCGAAAUAGAGUGUAAUAUAGACGGUAACAAUCCCUUCAAAAUUCAAACCACUUUAAAUGGAUUUUAUACUUUAGUUACAGUGGAUGAUUUAGACAGAGAGCUCGCUUCCCAUUAUAAUAUAACUGUGACCUGCUCCGAUGACGGAGUCCCCUCCCUCUCCAGCAGCGUCACUCUCACCUUACAGAUCUCCGAUGUUAAUGAUAACGCGCCUGUCUUUGAGAGGAGCUCAUAUGAGGCCUAUAUUGUAGAAAACAACACACCAGGACUCUCUAUAUUCACAGUGAAAGCCAGAGACGCUGACUGGAACCAGAACGCGCGUGUUUCGUACAUACUGGAGGACUCCUCUGUUAACGGAGUGCCAGUCUCCUCGUAUGUGUCCGUUAGUGCUGAUAGUGGAGUCAUCCACGCAGUGCGCUCUUUUGACUACGAGCAGAUCAAAGAUUUCCAAUUCCGCGUCAAAGCGCAAGAUGGAGGCUCCCCUCCACUCAGUAGCAACGUGACUGUGAAAGUGCUGAUCCAGGACCAGAACGACAACCCUCCUCAGGUUCUGUACCCGGUCCAGACUGGAGGCUCUCUGGUGGCUGAGAUGGUUCCUCGUUCAGCAGAUGUGGGCUAUCUGGUCACUAAAGUGGUGGCUGUUGAUGUGGACUCUGGACAGAAUGCCUGGCUCUCCUACAAACUGCAGAAAGCCACAGACAGGGCGCUGUUUGAAGUGGGCUUACAGAAUGGAGAAAUAAGAACUAUCCGCGGAGUCACUGAUAAAGAUGCAGUGAAACAAAGACUGACUGUGAUCGUGGAGGACAACGGGCAGCCCUCUCGUUCAGCUACAGUCAUUGUUAACGUGGCGGUGGCGGACAGCUUCCCUGAAGUGCUGUCUGAGUUCACUGACUAUACACAAGACAAGGAGUACAAUGACAACCUGACCUUCUACUUAGUGUUGGCUUUGGCUGUAGUUUCCUUCCUCUUCAUCACGUGUUUAGUGGUUAUUAUAUCAGUGAAGAUCUACAGAUGGAGGCAGUCUCGCGUCCUGUAUCACUCCAAUCUCCCUGUGAUUCCGUAUUAUCCACCACGUUACUCAGACACUUUGGGGACAGGGACUCUCCAACACGUGUACAACUACGAGGUGUGCAGGACGAAUGACUCGAGAAAGAGUGACUGUAAGUUCGGCACAGUCGGUAGUCAGAACGUGCUGAUAAUGGACCCCAGUUCUACAGGAACGAUGCAGCGGAUACAAAGUGAGAAGAACAUCUUGGAUGAACCAGACUCUCCUCUAGAGGUUGGUCAUUUGGUAUAAUAACAUUUUUAACAC